CUCUCAUGGCAGGCUUAGGCGUCAGUUGCUGAAAAGUGGGGACAUUUCCGGAUGUCUUUGCAACAUUGAGAAGUUGUCUUAAGAGAGGCUGCACCCCAUUUGAGCACCAGGCCAGGAAAGGAAGGCCUGAGGGCAGCCCUACUCGGGGAGACACCUGCUGGUCCUCUCCCAGUCUCCUGGCAGCACUCACCGCCUCCUGGUUUGCAUCUGACCAUGUCCCUGGCUGAGGCCAUCAGCCUCUGGAAUGAAGGGGUGCUAGCAGCAGACAAGAAAGACUGGAAGGGAGCCCUGGAUGCCUUCACCGCCAUCCAGGAUCCUCACUCCAGGAUUUGCUUUAACAUCGGCUGCAUACACACAAUCCUGGAAAACAUGCUGGAGGCAGAGAAGGCCUUUGCUGCAAGCAUUAACCGAGACAAGCACUUGGCGGUGGCCUACUUCCAACGGGGGAUGCUCUACUACCGGAUAGAGAAAUAUGAUUCAGCUAUUAAAGACCUUAAAGAGGCCUUGACUCAGCUUCGAGGGAACCAGCUGAUAGACUACAAGAUCCUGGGGCUACAGUUCAAGCUGUUUGCUUGUGAGGUGUUAUAUAAUAUUGCUUUCAUGUAUGCCAAGAAGGAGGAAUGGAAAAAGGCUGAAGAACAUUUAGCAUUGGCUUCGAGCAUGAAGUCGGAGCCCAGACAUUCCAAAAUUGACAAAGCCAUGGAAUGUGUCUGGAAACAGAAGCUGUACGAGCCGGUGGUGAUCCCUGUGGGCAGGUUGUUUCGACCAAAUGAGAAGCAAGUGGCUCAGCUGGCCAAGAAGGAUUACCUGGGCAAGGCGACGGUCGUGGCAUCUGUGGUGGAUCAAGACAGUUUCUCGGGGUUUGCCCCUCUGCAGCCACAGGCAGCUGAGCCUCCGCCCAGACCCAAAACCCCAGAGAGCUUCAGGGCUCUGGAAGGGGAAGCUCACCGUGUGCUGUUUGGGUUUGUGCCUAAGACACCAGAGGAGCUCCAGGUCAUGCCGGGGAACAUCGUCUUUGUCUUGAAGAAGGGCAAUGAUAACUGGGCUACCGUCAUGUUCAACGGGCAGAAGGGGCUUGUUCCCUGCAACUACCUUGAACCAGUUGAGCUGUGGAUCCAUCCUCAACAGCAGUCCCAGGAGGAACCUUCCCCAGAGUCCGAUAUUCCAGCUCCUCCCAGUUCCGGUGCUCCCGGAAGGCCCCAGUCAACGCCAGGUCAGAAAGAAAAAGAAGAGCCCAAGGAAGUAAAGAUCAGUGUCCCCAGGCCCUACACGCUGAAAGUGCACUACAAAUACACAGUGGUCAUGGAGACGGAGCCUGGGCUCCCCUACAGCCAGGUGCGGGACAUGGUGUCUAAGAAACUGGAACUCCUGCCAGAACACACUCAGCUGAGCUAUCGGCCUAGGGACAGCAAUGAGCUGGUGCCCCUUUCACAAGAGAACAUGAAGGCUGCCUGGGGCCAAGUGAAAAACUACUGCUUGACCCUAUGGUGUGAGAGCACAGUGGGUGACCAAGGCUUCCCAGAUGAAUCCAAGGGAAGUGACAAAUCUGAUGCUAAUAACCUGACAAAAGAACCUCAGAUUAAGGAAGGGAGACAAGUGGUAGCACUCUUCAGUUAUGAGGCUACCCAACCAGAAGACCUGGAGUUUCUGGAAGGGGACAUAAUCCUGGUUUUAUCAAUGGUGAAUGAAGAAUGGCUGGAAGGGGAGUGCAAAGGGAAGAUUGGCAUUUUCCCUAAAGCUUUCGUUGAAGAACGUGCAACUACAGACUUGGAAAGCACUCCUAGAAGGGUCUAGGAUGUUUCAUAACCUACAAAGCUCAAGAAAAGGGAGUAGUAUCAUUUGCAAAAUGUAGCACGCCUCUGCAGUACACUGUACCAAGAAGUUACUGUUUGGAAAUAUUAUCUACAUUUCCCUGUUAAAAUUUAACCUAACAGACAACGAUGUGAGAACUUAGGAUGAUGAUUACCCUGGUGGGGUGGUGGGGUGAGGAGAGUGGUUGAAGUGUCUGGAAGAGCAUGAGGGGGCUUCUAGGGUGCUGAUAAUCUGUUUCUUGCUCUGAGUGCUGGCUACCCAGAUGUGUGUACUUUGUGAAAAUUCACCGAGUGGUUCACUUCUCUGUAUGUGUGAUACCUCAAUAAAAAACUUACAAAAACAAGACACCCAGCGUGCAGGCCCAAGGCCUAGGUGUAAAUACCCCUAUUUCUGUACCAUUAUUGUCACAGACUCCUAGAGCCUUACAGGUAAUUCAGACAGCACACACACAAAAUUAACUUUUCUUUUUUGUUAAAAGUCUCAUUGCUUAAACAGAACCUAGACUGAAUUAGGCUCCCAUGGAACAAGCUUCAAUUCCACAGAGAAUUAAAAUCCUAGAAUGACAUUCAUGCCUUCUCAGAGAGGGAUAACACUUAAGUGAUGAAAAGCAGCAGCGUUCAAGGAAGCCAGUUGGUUAGUAGUAUCCUAUUAGUUAACAUUUUAUAAUAUUUACUAUACUAAUAUACAUGGUAGAAUGCUAUGGUUUUAUUUACCAUUUAACCAAAUGGCCCAGUUUUUCAGGGUUAAACUGGGUGAAGGAUUCCAUAAAUACCAGACCUUAGGGACUAGCCUUAAUUCCUCUCCAUUCCUUCUUCUUGUAAAGUAGGUAUGGCUUUGUUAACAAUUUUUCAAGUGUGUAGGUGCUUGUGAAAACCAGAGUUAGGAAAUGAAGUGUAGAUUGAGUCAACACCUAGGUGAAAGGAUAGCUGACCAGUGUGAACACACAAACCGUUAAGCUAUGGCACGGCUCAGGGGACACUACUGAAGGCCUGGCAGGCUCCCACUGGAAAUUUUGGACGCAACUCAAAGAAACAUAAUCCCAAAGCUAAGAACACUAAUUACUGUUACUGCUGAUGAGACUUAGUGGAUUUUAUAGGCCAAAAGGAUAAACUAUCUCUGAAAUGCCUUAUUAACAGUGACAAUAGGGACAAAAAUGGUAGGUUGUUAACUCCUUUGCAUGAACCAUUCUUUCUUUAUUAAAUAAAAGAAUUUUGACAGUUA